UUUAUUUAAUUCCUCGCUCUCCCUUGUCGAGCGAGGAAUUUAAAGGUCUCGGAACAGCUUAUAUAUAUAUAUAUAUAUAUAUUGUAUUUAUACCUUAACCAUGCAGACAGAUGAGAAAGUAUUGAGCUACGAAACUUUUCUAAAUGAGCGAUUACGGACUGAUUUGAAGAACAUAUUGGAGCAGCGAGAGACUAUUUAUGGAGAAAUUUCAGAAUACUUACAAUUAAAGUCUAUGAUUGAACGAUUGCAGGACUUGGAUCCAAAAGAUGAGCAACUUAAGACACAAGUAGAUCUCGGUUGUAAUUUUUAUGUCCAAGCUAAAGUACACAAAACUAGUUCCAUUUUUGUUUCUGUGGGUUAUGGCUUCUUUGUGGACUUUACCUUCCAACAAGCACUCAAAUUUAUUGACCAGAAAACUCAAUUAUUGAAUGAAAAGGCAGAUAUUCUUACUAAACAGGCUGCAAAAGUGAAAGCCAACAUCAAGUUGGUGCUUGAGACACUACGUAACAUCCAGAAUAUUGAUGAUGAAUUACCUAAACCACAGAUUGAUAUUUUUGCAUAACAACUAAAUAAAUUCUACAUAUCUGUAAAUAAUAAACAAAUAAAAUAUUUCUUCCAUGAU